CGGACGCGGGCAAGAUGGCGGAGCGAGGAUACAGUUUCUCCCUCACGACAUUCAGCCCCUCGGGUAAACUUGUGCAGAUUGAAUAUGCUUUGGCUGCUGUAGCUGGAGGAGCCCCUUCAGUCGGAAUUAAAGCUGCGAAUGGUGUGGUUUUGGCCACUGAGAAGAAACAGAAGUCCAUUCUGUAUGACGAACGGAGUGUGCACAAAGUGGAACCAAUUACCAAGCACAUAGGCUUGGUAUACAGUGGCAUGGGCCCGGAUUACAGGGUACUUGUGCACAGAGCUCGGAAGCUGGCUCAACAAUAUUACUUGGUUUACCAUGAGCCGAUUCCAACGGCCCAGCUGGUCCAGAGGGUCGCUUCUGUGAUGCAGGAAUACACGCAGUCAGGGGGUGUCCGUCCGUUUGGAGUAUCACUACUCAUCUGUGGUUGGAAUGAAGGUCGGCCUUAUUUAUUUCAGUCUGAUCCUUCUGGAGCUUACUUUGCCUGGAAGGCUACUGCGAUGGGAAAGAAUUAUGUAAAUGGAAAAACUUUCCUUGAAAAAAGAUACAACGAAGAUUUGGAGCUUGAAGAUGCUAUUCAUACAGCAAUCUUAACACUAAAGGAGAGUUUUGAAGGCCAGAUGACAGAAGAUAACAUAGAAGUCGGCAUCUGCAAUGAAGCGGGGUUCAGGAGGCUCACGCCAACUGAAGUUAAGGAUUACUUGGCUGCCAUUGCAUAAUGUCCAAGUGACUGAAGAGUCUUGAGUUCUAAUAGAGGCAACGUGAACCUCUUUAAAAGUAUCUUUGUUCUGCAUUUUUUUGCAUACUUGUUUCUACAUGGUUUAAUGGAUAGGUCCUUUUAAAAUUACCAGGUGCAAAUAGCAAUGAAGUAUCAAAUCCAGUUGCUAGCAUUUUGGGUGUUGAGUAAAAUUCUAUCUGCUGGGUUUUUUUUUUUUUGUAUUUUUUGGUUUUAAUGCGUAAGCUGCCUUAAUUUUCAGGGUAGGAACAAAAUACCAUGAAUAUUAAAAAAAAGAUCGGCAA